AUAACAAGACAACUCUGCCUUGUCCUCCCCCCAACUCCCCUGCCCACCCCCGUAUCCUCCAUUGUUCUUCUUCUUGGGGGUACCCCAAAAAUCUUCACAUUUCUCUCACACUGUAUCAAAAAUCCCCAUUUGAACCAAGCCCCAUUUUCUAUCCAACCACAUAGUUAAGUUCUUUCUCAUCAAGAUUUAAUCUUUAAGCAUUUUUCUUCACUUUUAGGACUUUUCAAGUUAAUGGGUCGUCAGAUCAUUAAAGAUUCAAUCUUUGAGCAUUUUUCUUCACUUUUAGGACUUUUCAAGUUUUUGGGCCAGCAGGAAAAACAUUAAAAAUUCAAGCUUUAAGUAGUUUUCUUCAGUUUUAGGACUUUUCAAGUUUUGGGUCAUCACGAAAAACAUUAAAGAUUCAACCUUCAAGCAUUUUUCUUCAUUUUUAGGACUUUUCAAGAUUUUGGGUCAUCAAGAAAUUUUUGAAAAAAAUGUAUUCAAGAUUGCCUAUAAGAAAUUUGGGUAUAGAGGAAAGUGGGAAUUUCUUCAAUCAUCAUAUUAAUCAUAGUCUUCAGAGUUCUCUUUCAGUUGAUGGUACAAAUUUGCCUGGUGAUUCUUGUUUAGUUUUAUCAACUGAUCCUAAGCCUCGCCUUAGGUGGACAACUGAACUUCAUGAAAGGUUUGUUGAUGCUGUUACACAACUUGGUGGCCCUGAUAAAGCAACACCAAAAACCAUUAUGAGAACAAUGGGGGUGAAAGGUCUGACCUUAUAUCAUUUGAAGUCACAUCUCCAGAAAUACCGCAUGGGAAAGCAAUCUGCUAAAGAGGCAACUGAGAAUUCUAAAGACGUAUCAUGUCCGGCCGAGAGUCAAGAUACAGGUUCCUCUACAUCAGGUUCAUCCAGAAUUAUUGUGCAAGAUAUAAAUGAAGGCUUACAAGUAACCGAGGCUUUGCAAGUACAGAUGGAAGUCCAGCGAAGACUACAUGAGCAGCUAGAGGUACAACGCCGUCUACAGCUUCGUAUAGAGGCACAAGGAAAAUAUUUGCAAUCAAUUCUUGAAAAAGCUUGCAAAGCUUUUAAUAGCCAGUCCCUUGAGUCGAAUGGCUUAGAAGUGAACAGAGAAGAGUUCUCUGCAUUAGCAUUUGUCAGUGUCCCUUCAUUACCCAAUAUUGGCCCGAGUAUCGAGAACAAGAAUGCUUGUCACGUCCCUGCCAGACUUGGCGAUUGCUUGCUUGACGACUGCUUGCCAUCUAAUGGAAUCGGUGCUCUAAAGAAGAGACCGCAAGCUUUUACUAACAUGAACGGAUUGCCUAUGGAAAGCAAUACAAGGGAGGUGGAAUGGAUGAUGAGUAAUAUAUGAACAAAAAACAGGAAAAAGAUGUCAUUUUUACCUUCUUUUUCUACAUAUUCUGUUUGAUCCAAGAUCAAAUAAUGUUGCAAAUGUAUGUUUUUAUCAUCUUUAAUUUAAGUACCUUUUUAUCAGAAAUGAAGAUCCUUUUGUACUAACAGCAUAGUUGGACUUAAAUGACUAAUGUUUUCUUUGUACA